AGUAAUCCUGAUAAGGAUAAGGACUGAUAACUUUAUGAGAAAACUUUGUUGCAGAGAAGGGGCUUUAAGUUAGGGGUUUGUUUGUGAUGUUCUGAGUGUGAAGAAUUCUGAGUUCAAUAGAAAAAGAACUGUAAAGGGCUGCACUGCUGAGCGGUUACUGUGGUCUGAAGAAUACAAUGUCCUGGUUAUACAAACAGGCUCCUCACAUUCUGCACCUCCUAAGCUUCCUCAUCACCUGCAUAGGAGCUCAUGAGACGAGAGACAUGACCUAUCCCAAACCGACACUGAUGAAACUGUCUGACCACUUGUUGCAGGGUUACAAAAAGUGGGUACGGCCGGUGUAUGAUUGGAGGCAGAUGACCACUGUGUAUUUAGAGAUCAAAAUUUACAUGAUCCUAGGGGUGAAUGAGAAACAUCAGCAACUGACAACUUAUAUGUGGUGCACUCAGUACUGGACGGAUGAAUUUCUUACCUGGGAUCCAGCUGAGUUUGAUAAUGUGACUAAAAUUUCUAUUCCUAUACAGAUGAUCUGGGCCCCGGAUGUAAUGAUUGUUGAGUUUGUGGAGGCUGGGAAGACCCCAGAUAUCCCAUAUUUAUACGUUAACUAUAAAGGCAUCGUGACCAAUGACAAACCCAUCCAGGUAGUGACAUCUUGCAGUCUUAACAUCUACAUCUUCCCCUAUGAUAUACAGAACUGCACCAUAUCCUUUACCUCCUGGGUUCACACAAUUGAAGAUAUCAACCUAUCAGAAUGGGCAUCUGCAGGUAUCUUCUCUAUAUUCAGGAAUAACGGGGAAUGGGAGCUUCUGAAUGUCUUGACUGAACACGUAAAGGAACAUGAUCAUGGCGAUACUUAUUCAGUGCUUAAGUAUCAUGUGGUUAUUAAAAGACGACCUCUUUUCUAUGAGGUAAAUUUGCUCCUACCCAGUACAUUUCUUAUGAUCUUGGAUAUCUUCGGCUUUUAUUUGCCCCCAGACUGCGGUGAGAGAGUAUCUUUCAAGAUCACCCUGUUACUGGGCUACUCUGUCUUUCUUCUCAUUGUAACAGACAUGUUACCUGCUACAUCAGUAGGCACUCCAAUAAUAGGUAUCUUUUAUUCAGUGUGUUUGGGACUCCUGGUUAUCAGCAUGGCAGAGACCAUUAUUAUCAUCAGAAUAGUAAACAAGAAAAAUUUCCAGCCUCAAGUUCCCAAAUGGUUGAAAAAGCUACUCCUAAAGGUCACAGCCUUGUGUUGUAUUAAAGGGCAGGCAAAACUGAGCAUGGCAGAUACCCACAGCCUGGAUAUAUCACUGCAGAGUGGGAGCAGCAGUGCUGAUAAAUUGACCAAAGACAACAAGGAACAUGGAAAUGAGUAUGAGAUACUGGAAGAGGUGACUGCAAAUAAAGCUCCUGAAACGAUUGAGCGUAUACUCCAAGAGAUUUCAACCAUACGAAAAUAUCUUCUGAGAAGAGAGGAGUGUGAGACUGCUGAUGAAUGGCUUCAAGUUGGAUAUGUUCUUGACAGUCUUCUCUUCCGUGUAUAUUUACUAGUGAUAUUAGCAUAUGCCGUUACCUUGGCAACUAUGUGGAUCUAUUGGAGACAGAACUGAUUUGUCUAAACAUCUGGCACAUAGAAAGAGAAUGU